CCUCAAACAAAUUCCCCAACUGCAAAUCCAAUACUCUCCCACAACCCCUUCACACCCCCCCGAAAAUGAUAGCCCUCGGCCUCGAAGGCAGCGCCAACAAAAUCGGCAUAGGCCUCAUCUCGCACCCCUCCCCCACCGCCGGCCCCAUCGUCCUCGCCAACCUCCGACACACCUACGUCUCCCCUCCGGGCCAGGGCUUCCUACCCAAGGACACGGCGCUGCACCACCGGAAAUGGGUGGUGCGGUUGAUCAAGCAGGCGAUGCGGCAGGCCCGGGUGAAGAUUGACGACAUCGAUUGUAUAUGCUACACGAAGGGGCCCGGGAUGGGAGCGCCGCUGCAGAGCGUAGCGCUCGCGGCGCGGACGUUGAGUCUGCUUUGGGGGAAGCCGUUGGUCGGGGUGAAUCAUUGUGUUGGCCACAUCGAAAUGGGCCGCGCCAUCACGGGCGCCACCAACCCCGUCGUCCUCUACGUCUCGGGCGGCAACACCCAAGUCAUCGCCUACUCUGCGCAGCGCUACCGCAUCUUCGGCGAGACCCUCGACAUCGCCAUUGGCAAUUGCAUCGACCGCUUCGCGCGGACGCUCAUGAUCCCCAACGACCCGUUUCCCGGCUACAACGUCGAGCAGUUAGCGAAGAAGGGGAGGAACCUCGUCGACCUGCCCUACGCCGUCAAGGGCAUGGAUUGUAGCUUUUCGGGCAUUCUGGCCAAGGCGGAUGAGUUGGCGGUGUUGAUAGGCGAGGAUGUGCCGGAGGCGAAGAGGCUGAGGAGUGAGGAGGGAGAGCUCAUCACGAGGGAGGAUAUGUGUUUUUCUCUCCAAGAAACGAUUUUCGCCAUGCUGGUCGAGAUCACGGAGCGGGCCAUGGCGCAUGUGGGAUCGUCGCAGGUGCUCGUCGUAGGGGGUGUGGGGUCCAAUGAGCGGUUACAGGAGAUGAUGGGGUUGAUGGCGAGGGAUAGGGGAGGGAGCGUGUUCGCGACGGAUGAGCGGUUUUGCAUCGACAAUGGGAUCAUGAUUGCGCAUGCGGGGCUGUUGGAGUUUGAGACGGGUGUGGUGACCAGGUUAGAGGAGAGUACGUGUACGCAGCGCUUCAGGACGGAUGAGGUCUUUGUGGGUUGGAGGGACUGA